CGACAGCGUCCACUGCUGAGGUUUUUGCCAGCAGGACCGGCUCUGUGUUUCUGGAUUCCUCGUCACUCACCGGGCGCCCUCAAAGAAAAGGUACAGCUGGCCGAACCCAAAGCAACCAUUGCCGAGACUCCAGCAGUACAGUCAUUUCAGUCUGUAUGAGGACGAGGAUGAAGAUCUACAGCUGCCUGUUAGCCUUUGUUCUGGGCUGUAAUGUCACUGCAGAAAUACAGCAGAAAAUAAUCAGGGAGAAGGCCUCCAUCUCUCUGCGAUGUCCUCACUCUGUGGAGGGUAAAGUGACGUGGAGCAGAGAGAUUAAUGGAAACAAAGUUGACAUAAUUACAGCUGAUCCUGACGGAGAUAUAAGACACAAUGACCCAGGCAGACGAUACAGUUCAUUGGCAGAUAAGUCACUUCACAUUAGCAGAGCUGCCGUCUCAGACACUGGAAGAUACUUCUGUAAUAAUGAACUGGCUAUGGAGCUGACGGUGAUCCCAUCAGGUCAUAAGGUACCACCAACAAUGACGACAACACCAAAAACUACAACAACAACACCACCUCCACCUCCAACAACAAGACGAACCACACCUCCACCUCUUCCAGCACCAUCAACACCGCUGGUAAACACAGCUGCUCCUUACCUGUGGCAAACGUCUGUUCAUGCGGUGAUUGUGAUACUCUCUUUAAUCAUCAUGAUCAGCAUCACUGUCAUUACCUGGAGAAAAGCUCGACAGAAACAGAAGCGGCACACAACAGAAACAGAAAAUGAUCUCUGAUCCUCCAUCACACAGAAACAAGAGCGGUAAAAACUGAACAGUCAUCAGCACUCAUCCUCAAACAGUCCGACAGUAAACAGUCAUCCUGCUUCCAACACUGUGACUACUGCAGACACUACUGUUACACCUUCUACCACUGAUGCCUCUGACAUACUGCUGAAACUACAAGCGAGCAUUUGUCUGAAUGUGGGAAAUAUUAAAUAUUUCAACUGUAAUGACCUGUUUGAAUUCAAAUUCACAGUCUGUAAGUGCAACAGGCCGUGUGAAGUAGUUUGCCUUGUCCUGCACAUGGCCACACAUGCUUAUGUGACAGUCACAGCUCGCUGUAUCUCACACUUUACACUAUGUGGGUUGCGUUCACAUUCAUUCGAACACAUUACGUGUUGGUUUGAAUUCGUUUGAACACAAAACAAAAAGGUGACAGCCCUACUGCUUCCACCAUUUCUGCUGCUGCACAGACUUUAGAAAAAGUUAAAUACAGUUAAGAUGAGUUCAAAGUUCAACUGCUGUUUGUGUGUCUUGAACAUCAGUGACAUCGCAGCAGGUGUUAAAAUUGCCUUGAAGUUAUGACGUCUCAUUUUAAACGCUUAUUUUAAACCCUAGUCCACGAGAGCUUUUCUAUUUGGUGUUCUGAACUGUUU